GGUGGCGGUGGCGGUGGCGGUGGCGUGAUGAUGACGUGGGAGGAGGGUAAUGCUGGGCCUAGUUAUGCUUACGUCACGUUCUUGGCCGGUGACGGUGACUAUGUGAAAGGUGUGAUUGGAUUGGCCAAGGGUUUGAGGAAGGUCGGAGCUGCUUACCCGCUGGUGGUGGCGGUUCUGCCUGAUGUUCCGGUGGAGCACCGCCGUCUUCUGGUGGACCAAGGGUGUCUCCUCCGUCUCAUCCACCCGGUUUUCCCGCCUGCAGCCACCGGCGACGACUGCCCUUUUGUUAGGCCUUAUUUUGUUGUCAACUACUGUAAGCUUCGCCUUUGGGAGUUUGUGGAGUACAACAAAAUGAUAUACCUGGAUGCAGACAUCCAAGUCUUUGACAAUAUUGACCAUCUCUUCGACUUGCCAAACGGCUCCUUCUACGGAGUAGUCGACUGCCUAUGCGAGAUGUACGGCCCUCCUUGCCCCCAAAAGAUCCGAUGGCCCAAAGAACUCGGCCCGGAGCCCGCGUUUUAUUUCAAUGGAGGCAUGUUCAUGUUCGAGCCAAACCUAAACACGUACGAUGAGUUACUACGAACUCUCGAUGUCACUCCUCCAACACCUUUUGCGGAGCAGGAUUUUCUGAACAUGUUCUUUAGGGAGGUGUCGAAGCCGCUACUUCCUAUAUACAAUAUGUUGGUGGCGAUGAUGUGGCGGCACUCGGAGAUGAUGGAUCUGGAUAAGGUCAAGGUGGUCCAUUACUGUGUGGGAGGGUCGAAACCGUGGAGAUACACCGGAAAAGAAGAGAACAUGGAUCGAGCGGAUAUCAAGAUGUUGGUGGAGAGAUGGUGGGACAUAUUCAACGACGAGUCCCUGGAUUUCAAGAACCGAGGUGAUGGACUUGGUGGUGGCGGUGGUGGUGGUCGUCGUCGAAUGCUGGCAGCACCGGUGGUGGAGACGGCGGAGGCGGUGGUUCUCUAUCCGUCGGUGUCGCCGGCGGCGUAGUUUGUUUCUUUGAUUUGUGUUUCGGGUGUGCAUCUAAAUCGUUUGUAAUAAUCUUGUCUUUGUUUUGUAAUUAGACAGUAACGAAGUUAAUUACUUGUGAAGAUAAUGCGGAUUUUGAAUCUCAACUUUAAGUAGAUGUGUGGGUCGCCUGCAAUAAUGAAAUCCUCUGAAAUCGGGUUAUUUUUUAAAC